CUCACGGUGUGUGUAUGUGUGUGUGAGUGCUAGUGAAUGUUGAUGCUGAUUGUUUGACUCAAAGAGAAUCUGAUGCUGGAGUAACCAAGGGAUUGAUCGUCUUGUUGAUCCUAACAACAUUUCAGUCUGUCAGGAUAAAGCGACCGGUGUCUACUUUGGCCUGGAACCGGACCACGACAAUGACCCAGCCUCGGCCGGACGAGUUCAAGCCGCCACCGGAGUGCCCAGUCUUCGAACCAAGCUGGGAGGAAUUUGCGGAUCCCUUUGCAUUUAUCAAUAAGAUUCGACCCAUAGCCGAGAAAACUGGCAUCUGCAAGGUCCGACCGCCUCCGGAUUGGCAGCCUCCCUUCGCCUGUGAUGUCGACAGACUCCACUUCACGCCUCGCAUCCAGAGGCUCAACGAGCUGGAGGCCCAGACCCGGGUCAAGCUCAACUUCCUGGACCAGAUCGCCAAGUUCUGGGAGCUCCAGGGAUGCUCGCUCAAAAUCCCGCACGUCGAGCGCAAGGUUCUGGACCUCUACCACCUCAACAAGCUGGUGGCGGAUGAGGGGGGCUUUGACAUCGUGUGCCGGGACCGGCACUGGACCAAGAUCGCCCUGCGGAUGGGCUUCGCUCCCGGGAAGGCCGUGGGGUCCCACCUGAGGGCCCACUACGAGCGCAUCCUCUACCCAUACAACCUCUUCCAGUCCGGGGCCAACCUACUGGCCCCAGAGUUCGCAUCCAAACUGAUGCGAUUCACAGCCGACUUCGAGCUGGACAAGUGUGUGCAGAAGCCCUCGAUGCCCCCUGACCUCGGCGAGAAGGAGUCCAAGCUCCACGAGACCCCCCAGAGGAUGGGAGGGGCCUUGCAGCUGUCCGACUCCACUCCCUCCGCCCGCCGCGCCAAGCGCAUGGACCAGGGGAACCACACCCCCACCCCUGACGACCUGCCAAUCAAACCGUCGGGGUGUGUGAAGACAGAACCGGGCGAGGUGUGUGAGAACCGGCCAAAUCUCAGGAGACGCAUGGGCUCACUGGUGGCCAAACCUGAACCAGUAGAGAGAGAGGCCCCUAUCCUAGUGAAACCGGAGCCCCUGGAGCCCAAACUCAUCAGCGACUCGUCACUGGACAAGAGCAAGGGUCGCUACCGCAAACCCCCACCCAUACUCAGUGUGGUGGACCUCUACGCAGGUCUGGCAAAGGCAGCGGGACUGGAUGAGGAGAAGCUGUUGGGUUGGCGACGGCCAGACAGCUAUCACACCUUCUGCCUGAUCCCACCCCUCAAUGAUGUACCCAAAGGAGACUGGAGGUGUCCCAAGUGUCUGGCACAGGAGUGUGGAAAGCCUCAGGAGGCGUUUGGCUUUGAGCAGGCCCGUAGGGAUUACUCUCUCAGAGCCUUCGGUGAGAUGGCCGACAACUUCAAAUCAGAUUACUUCAAUAUGCCCGUCCACAUGGUUCCUACGGAGCUGGUGGAGAAGGAGUUCUGGCGUCUGGUCAGCACCAUCGAGGAGGACGUGACUGUGGAGUACGGGGCGGACAUCGCCUCCAAAGACUUCGGCAGCGGAUUCCCCAUCCGCAACGGUCGCUUCAAGGUCGCCCCCGCUGACGAGAAGUACCUGAACUGCGGUUGGAACCUGAACAACAUGGCGAUGAUGAGUCCCUCGGUGCUGACCCAUGUGACCGCGGACAUCUGUGGAAUGACCCUGCCCUGGCUCUACGUGGGCAUGUGCUUCUCCUCCUUCUGCUGGCACAUAGAGGACCACUGGAGCUACUCCAUCAACUACCUGCACUGGGGGGAGCCCAAGACGUGGUAUGGUGCUCCUGGCUAUGCAGCGGAGCAGCUGGAGGCGGUGAUGAGGAAGCUGGCCCCCGAACUCUUCGAGUCGCAGCCAGAUCUGCUGCACCAGCUGGUCACCAUCAUGAACCCCAACACACUGAUGAGCCACGGAGUGCCGAUCUACCGGACCAAUCAGUGUGCAGGAGAGUUUGUCAUCACCUUCCCCAGAGCCUAUCACAGCGGCUUCAAUCAGGGCUUCAACUUCGCAGAGGCUGUCAACUUCUGCACUGUCGACUGGAUGCCACUGGGCCGCCAGUGUGUGGACCACUACCGGCUGUUGAACCGUUACUGCGUGUUCUCCCACGACGAGAUGAUCUGCAACAUGGCGGCCCAAGCGGAGCAGCUGGACGUGGUGCUGGCCUCGUCGGUCCACAAGGACAUGGGCUGCAUGAUCCGCGAGGAGAAGGAGCUACGGGAACGCGCACGCAAGAUGGGUGUGGUGCAGUCUGAGGUGUUCAAGUAUGACCUGCUGGCGGAUGAUGAACGUCAGUGUGUGAAGUGUCGCACCACCUGUUUCCUGUCCGCACUCACCUGUCCCUGCCGUCCAGGUGUGCAGGUGUGCCUCCACCACGCCACAGAGCUGUGCUCCUGCCCCCUCGCCAACUAUACACUCAGGUAUCGGUUCACACUGGACGACCUGUACCCAAUGCUGAACGCUGUGAAGCUGAGGUCCGAGGUGUAUGACGAGUGGUCCGCCGUCGUCACAAACGUCCUGGAGGCCAAACUCGACAAGAAGCGCACUCUCUCCGUGUUCCGCUCGCUAAUUGAGAAGUCCGAGUCUCAGAAGUUUCCGGAGAACGACCUGCUGCGGGAUCUGCGUAUGGUCACUCUGGAUGCAGAGAAAUGCUCCACUGUGGCCCAGCAGCUGCUCAACGGCAAGAGACAAACCAGGUUCCGCUCUGGAGGCGGGAAGACUCAGAACCAGCUGACAGUAGAGGAAGUGAGGUCAUUCGUCAGGCAGCUCUACAAUCUGCCCUGCAGCCUGGCCCAGGCCCCACUGUUGAAGGAGCUGCUGAACCGUAUCGAGGACUUCCAGCAGCACAGUGAGAAGGUUCUGAGCGACCCUCUAACAGCGGAGUGUGUGUGUGAGCUGGAGGGUCUGCUGGCGGCCAGCACCCAGCUGGAUGUGGCCCUGCCCGAGCUGCCCGCCCUCCGCAGCCGCCUGGAGCAGGCGCGCUGGCUCCGCGAGGUGCAGCAGGCCCACACACACCCUCACACACACACAUACACACACACACGCGCCCGCGGCCUCACGCUGGACGCCAUGCGGCGGCUGAUCGACCAGGGGGUGGGGCUCGGUCCGAACCCCGCGCUGGAGAAGGCCAUGGCCCGCCUGCAGGAGCUGCUCACUGUCUCCGAGAGCUGGGACGAGAAGGCCCGCAGCCUGCUCAGGGACCGGCCAGUGCACUCUGUGGAGGAGCUGAGUGAGUGUGUGAGGGAGGUGGAGACGGUCCCAGCACACCUGCCCAACUGCCUGCUGUUGCAGGACACACUCCGCAAGGCCAGGGACUGGCUGCAGGAGGCCGAGGCUUUACAGCAGGGAGGCCGUGUCCCCGUGCUGGACUCUCUGUCGGACCUGAUCAUGAGGGGGCGAUCUCUCCCAGUGCACCUGGAGCCGCUGGCCCGUCUGGAGGCCCUGCUCGCAGAGGUCAUGACCUGGAAGGAGUCCGCCGCCAAGACCUUCCUGCUCAAGAGCUCCUCCCUCAGCCUGCUGGAGGUGCUGUGUCCUCGCUGUGAGGUGGGCGUGGCCUCACCAAAGCGCAAGGCCAAGAAGGAGAAGAAGAAGGCGGGGCUUGACUCUCUGAGUGAGGUGGAGAAGACCCUAUCAGAGAGCAAAGACUCAGCCUCAGCUAUGCUGGCUCUGGAGGCGGUGCGCGUGCGUGAGCUGGAGUGUUUGUCGGCGCAGCGGGCAUCUAACGAGUCCAAGCUGCUGCCCGCAGGUGACUGCGGCGACCUGCGCGCACGUGUGUGUGUGUGCGUGUGCCAGCGUGCUCCUGCCGGCGCCAUGCUGCAGUGUGAAUUGUGCCGCGACGCCUUCCACAGCGCGUGUGUGCGUGGGCCCGAGGCGGCGGCCGAGGCCCAGGAUGUGUGUGCGGGCGCGCCGGGCACGGGGACUGACCCCUGGCUGUGCCCACAGUGCCAGCGCUCACAGCGUCCUCCUCUGGACAGAGUGCUGCCCCUGGUGGCCGCGCUGCAGCGCACGCGUGUACGACUGCCCGAGGGAGACGCCCUCCGCUUCCUCAUCGAUAGGACUGUUGCCUGGCAACUGCGUGCGCGCCAGGUGUCCACCCGCAGCUCAGACGCCGACCUACUGCAUCCUGCCACAAAUAAGGCGCUCCAGAGACACACUCCUGACUGGAACAGGACCAGCCCCACUCAGACGCCCUUCUACAUCGAGCAGCGCUGUGUCCCUCUUCAGGGUCUGAACACCGAACUGGAGGAGCUGCUGGUGGAGGGUCUCUUACUUCAGGUGUCCCUACCUGAGAUCCAGCAGCUUUACCAGGUCCUUCUGAACGGCCCCGCCUCCAAACAUAGCAACGGCCAUGGCAACGCGUCACGGCUGGAACCCUCCCCAGGCGACGGCCUCCAGCAGUUCCACUCUCAGGGAAGGAGCCCCCUGACGGAGGAGUGUGUGUCUGUGGGUGUGUGUGAGAGGAAGCCGAAGCGUGGUAUGUUGCCGGUGGAGCGCGUGCGUCCUGACUCCCUGUGCCAGCUGCUGACCCCGCGGCACAAACGCGCCCGCCUGAGCCGCACGCACCGCCGCCAGCGCCAAGCCGCGUCCGCCUCGGCCUCGCCCUCCGCCCGCUCCGACCUCUCGUCUGACCCCUGCGACCUCUCUGACCCCGGGCAGUCCGACCACUCCGAGGACGAGGCGCUCCUCUGCCCUGCAGAGCACUGCCAGCAGCCAGAGGGAGACGAGGUGUUCUGGGUCCAGUGUGACGGCAGCUGCAACCAGUGGUUCCACAUGAUGUGUGUGGGCGUGACAGCGGAGUUGGCCGAGAAGGAGGACUACGUGUGUGUGAGCUGUGUGGCCGGCCAGUGAGCCCAGGACCACUGGAGAACUGGACACACAAACACACACACACAUACACACACACACACACUCUCCGUCAGCUGUCCGUUCCUCUGUCAC